AUGGCGGUGGCGGUCAUGGCAAAUUGGGAUGGAUUGUGUGCGGAUAUGAGAGUGGAAACUGAUCCGGAAUGUCUUUCCGGAAACUACAGUGAUCCGGAAUCCGGAAAGGCAAUAUUCCGAACGGAUUCCGGAUUGUUUGAGAUCCGUAUGAGGGGAUUUCCUUUAGGUUGUGCGCUUAAAUUCAAAAUCUUUGGUUUGUGA